AACAAUGUCGUAUGAUUGUCUACUGCUAGACGGAUAGGCGCCUUUCUUAUAGGGAGGACUGAAGAACGAAUAAUAAACGAAGUUCAUUGUUCAGUUAAAAUUUGACCACGAAACUUAACACAUAAGUUUACACGUAUAAAUAUAAUUUUUUUUAAAUUGAAGCCUUAGAAGUACAAAAAAUGGGUAUGCUAAAUAUUUAUUGGAAAUUUUUUAUGGCUGUUGGACUUUGGAGACCAAUUAAAUGGCAUGGUUUAAAAGCACAUCUAUACAAUUGUUAUACUAUGUUUGUCAUGUUAAUGAACUAUUUAUUUUUUAUGACUGGAGUAAUGGAUAUUAAUUUUAGAAAUAUUGAUUUUUUUGGUUCAAUUGAUAUUAUUACACUGAUGUUACAGUCUAUUGAGAACUUUGCAAAAAUAUUUUGCUUGGUCAAAAAACGUAAUGAUCUAUUAAAUUUAAAUAUUUAUCUUCACAGCGAGCCAUUUAAUUUACGAAAUGACGAUGAAAUAUUGAUACAAAAAAAGUAUGAUGACAUUAAUAGGAUUGUCAAUUUUGUUUGUUUAACAUUAGGGCUUUUAUCAACGUUAUGGUAUACCGGGUUUAAUGCUUUUCAAAUGAUUAUGCCAACAGUGUUACCUUAUAGAAGUAAAAUGCCGUUUAAUUAUUCUGAGCCAAAAAUAUUCAUUAUAACAGCUGCAAGUCAAUGCUAUACAGUAGUCACUAUUGGUAUUAUUAAUACUACAUUUGGUAUAUUAUUUCCAAGCAUGAUGUUGCAAAUUUGUGCUAAGAUUUGUAUACUCCAAUAUCGUUUUCGAAUGAUAAUUACCAAAUUAGAAAAUAAUGAUUAUAAGAGUAAUGAUAAUUUGAGUGUUGAAAAAACUAAUGAAAAUUCACCAAAAUAUUUAAUUGCUAAAUGGGUCGAAAGUCAUAUUGCACUUUUACAUUUAUUUAAAUGUGCUAAUAGCCUGUUUGCAGAAACUGUUUUUAUUCAUUAUGUUAUUAAUUCGUUUGUUAUGUGUACACUGACACUUUUACUGAGUCGAUCUAGUUUCGAUAUUUCUCUUAUUGUUAAUGCAUUUUAUUUUGCUCUUAAAUGUGUUCAACAAUUUGGUCAGUGUGCUUCUGCACAUCAAGUAACUUUAGAGUUUGAAGAUCUUCGUCAUGUCAUUUUUUCAACUAAUUGGUAUGCCAUUGAUGUGGAAGUCCAAAAAUUACUUACGAUAAUAAUGUCAAAAACUAUAAAAGAUGUUAUUUUUGUUAGUGGAUAUUUUGUAGAUUUAUCUCUGGAUUCAUUUAAAAGCAUAAUGAAAUUAUCAUAUACUAUCUUCAAUGUGAUUGAUCAGUGAUUGGGGUGUUGAAAACAACAAAUGAACCUGAUACAUAUAACAGUUAGGAUUAUUGAGACAUGUUUUUUAUAUACAUAGUAAAUAAUAUAGUAGGUGCUAUAGUGCUGUGAAAUUUGUAAUUUAGUUUUUGCGUUCAUUGGUUAGUAAUUAAUAAAUUAUUAUUUAUUUAUAAUUUAUUAUAGUAGAAUAUUUUUUUAGUGGAAUAAAUAAA